AUGUCAUCAUAAUCUGAAUAAGAAUAAGAUUAAGAUCAAGAAAAUAUCGAAGAACUUCCAGAUGAGGAUCAAGAAUAAUCAUCAAGAUAAUAAGAAAGCUAAAAAUAAGCUAAGAGCACUAUUAAAAAAGUAAGGAAUUAUCAAAAAGUGCCUGAGAAUCUUAAAUCAUAAUUACUUAAAUUAGUAAUUUAGUAGGGUGUUAAAAUAAAUUAAGUAUCUAUGUUUUAAGUCUAUUUAAAGGCAGCUUAACAAUUAAAUUUAAAAUAUGCAACAGCCAAAACAAUAGUCUUUACUUAUAGAGCCUAAUCGAAACCAAAGAAGUCAAAAAAUAAAAAAAAGAAGACAGCCACAAAAGUUGAAUUUGUACCAAUCUAAAAUAAUAAUGUUAAUCCAAUUCAUGUUGAAAUUUCAAUUGGAGGAAAUGUCUAAAAUAAAUUUACACUCUAAUGA